UUCGUUGCGAUAUAUUCGGUUUUCUUUGUUUCAUUGUUUUUCUGUUUAUUGUCGGUUACCACAUUGAUUCGUGUACAAAACAUUUGCGAAGAGCAUGUAAACACAUUCCGGGACCCUGGAGUGUACCCGUGCUGGGUUGUGUGGAGAUUUUUCGUUUUUGCCUUUGCUGCCAUAGCAGCUGCCUCUGCAGCUUCUAUAUCCAGUGAAUAUUUGACUCCGGUUGAGGAUAAUAGCCUGCUAACAAAGGAGUAUAUCCCACCAGAUUUCAGCGCCGAACCAGCACCCUUGUCCGAUGAUGGCUAUCGCUAUAAAGUUGUGCGUAAGCUCAGAUUGAGAAAUCGCCGUGAUGUCAGCGAAUUGCCCACUGGCGAAUAUCUGCCACCAGCUCAAGCUGCUCCCUCCGCUGAAGAAGCUGUAGUGGUGGAAGCACCCGCAGCUACAGAAGACUCUGUGAUGGUUGAAGCUCCCCUAGUAGCUGCUUCUCAAGACAGUGCUGUUUUGGCCUCAGAUGGUUAUCGUUACAAGACCGUGCGCCGCAUAAGAUAUCGUCGCCGUCGUGAUGUCAGUGAAUUAGUUAACAAUCAAUAUUUGCCUCCAGUUGCUGCAACCCAACAAGAAGAAGUUGCUGUUGAAGCCGUCCCUGAACAAACCGUCGUUGUUGAGGGAGUUGCCCCCGUGGAAUUUGCCUCUCAAGAUAGCACUGUAUUGGCCAAUGAUGGUUACCGCUAUAAGACCGUGCGUCGCAUCAGAUACCGCCAUCGUCGCGAUGUCAAUGAAUUGGUGAACAACGAAUACUUGCCCCCGGCUGCCGCCACCCAACAAGAAGAAGUUGUAGUGGAAGCUGCCCCAGAACAAACCGCCGUUGUUGAGGAAGUUGCCCCCGUGGAAAUUGCCGCUCAAGAUAGUGCCGUUUUGGCCUCAGAUGGUUACCGCUACAAGACCGUGCGUCGCAUCAGAUACCGUCGCCGUCGCGAUGUCAAUGAAUUGUUGAACAUCGAAUACUUGCCCCCUGUUGCCACCAGCCAACAACAAGACGUUGUAGCCGAAGCUGCUCCAGAACAGACCGCAGUUGUUGAAGAAGUUGAAUCUGUUGCCCCCGCUCAAGUUGCCUCUCACGAGAGCGAGAGCGCUGUUUUGGCCGAUGAUGGUUACCGCUACAAGACCGUGCGUCGCAUCAGAUACCGUCGCCGUCGUGAUGUCAAUGAAUUGGUGAACAACGAAUACUUGCCCCCUGUUGCCGCCAGCCAACAACAAGAAGUUGUCGUUGAAGCUGUCCCAGAACAAAACAAUGUUAUUGAAGAAGUUGCUAAUGUCGAAGUACCUGCCGAAGCUGCCUCCCAAGAGAGCUUUGUUUUGGCCGCCGAUGGUUACCGUUACAAAACAGUGCGUCGCAUUAGAUACCGUCACCGUCGUGAUGUUAAUGAAUUGGUGAACAACGAAUAUUUGCCCCCUGCUGCCGCCACCCAACAAGAAGAAGUUGUUGUUGAAGCUGCCCCUGAACAAACCGUUGUUGUAGAAGAAGCUGCUCCCGUUGAAGCUGCCUCUCAAGAGAGCUCUGCCUUGGCCUCUGAUGGUUAUCGUUACAAGACUGUGCGUCGCAUCAGAUAUCGUCACCGCCGUGAUGUCAAUGAACUGGUGAACAACGAAUACUUGCCCCCUGCAGCCGCCACCCAACAACAGGAGGUAGUUGUUGAUGCAUCCCCCGAACAAGCUUCCUUUGUUGUUGAAACUGUUCCCGAACAAGAUGUCCUUGUUUCCGAAGCACCUAUUCAAGUGGCCUCUCAAGAUAGCGCUGUUUUGGCCAAUGAUGGUUAUCGUUACAAGACUGUUCGUCGCAUCAGAUACCGUCAUCGUCGUGAUGUCAACGAAUUGGUUAACAACGAAUACUUGCCACCUGUUGCCGCCAGCCAACAACAAGAAGUUACCGUUGAAGCUGUUCCCGAACAGACAACCGUGGUAGAAGAAGCAGACCCAGAGCAAUAUGCUGUUGCUGUUGAAGCUCCCGUCGAAGCUUUAGCCUCUCAAGAUAGUGCCGUUUUGGCCUCAGAUGGUUAUCGUUACAAGACUGUGCGUCGCAUUAGAUACCGUCACCGUCGUGAUGUCAGUGAAUUGGUGAACAACGAUUACUUGCCGCCAGUUGCUGCCACCCAACAAGAAGAAGUUUUUGUUGAAGCUGCCCCUGAACAAACCGUUGUUGUAGAAGAAGCUGCCCCCAUUGAAGCUGCCUCCCAAGACAGCGCGGUUUUGGCCAAUGAUGGCUAUCGCUACAAGACUCUCCGCCGCAUCCGGUACCGUUAUCGUCGUGAUGUUAGCGAACUUCCCCUCAACAAAUAUUUGCCCCCCACCGAAGCCCAAACCCAAGAAUUCAUCAGUGUGGUCCCAGAGCCCGAGGAGACCUCGGUGUUAGCCGAUGAUGGUUAUCGUUACAAGGCUGUUCACAGACUUAAGCAUAGACGCCAUUAGUGUUAACCAAAUAGGAAUUGUUGAAUUAAUUUUAAGUCAAUUAGGA